AAAGCGACCAGGAGUAUGUCACGAAGAGACGGAAGCCUAAGUUCACCUGGCGUCAGCUGGUCUUCCUCGGCGCUCUGGCCUCGAUCACGAUGACAUCGUCUCUGUCGCUGUGCAUUUUCCCUCCAUUCUUCCCCAAAGUGGCCGAGAGCAAGGGCUUCAGCGCCUCAGUGUACGGCGCCAUAAUCGGCACCAACUGCUUCGUCUCGUUCGUCGUCACCCCGUUCCUCGGCAAACACAUUGAAACGAUCGGCCUCUCCUUCACGCUGGUCAGCGGCGUCCUGGCCAGCGGCGUGAGCGGCGUGCUGUGCGGAAUGUUGGACAUGUUCCCAGCCGGCAUGCCGUUCGUGUACACGGCCGUGGCGAUCCGCGCCGUCCAGUCCAUCGGCAACGCCGGCAUUAUCAUCACCACCUUUACCUACACCAACCUGCAGUUCCCCACCAGCACCGGCAUCAUCUUCGCGAUGAACCGGACCGUGAUGAGCGUGGCCCAGAUGUUCGGUCCGGCGCUGGGCGGCGUCUUCUACGAGCUUGGCGGCUACUGCGCGCCGUUCGUCGUCUUCGGCGUGCUGCACAUGGUGACGCUGGUGCCGCUGCUCUGCGUGCUUCCCGGAUCCAUGCGACGGAAGAGCUCCUCGUGUCCCGCCGACCGAGAUGCUGAUAAGCAGACCGUGUCUGUCUGGCGCAUGGUGCACAUACCCGGCAUCUGGGUGGCCUUCGUCAGCUUCUUCGUCGCCACCAUGAGCACUGGCUUCCUCUCCGUCACACUGGAGGCGCAGAUCCUCCGAAAGUACAACCUGUCCCACAUCCUGCUGGGUCUCAUGUUCGGCCUGAAGGACGGCGCCAGCAGCCUCGCCUCGCCCAUCUGGGGCCUGCUCUGCGACAAGUUCAGCUGCAUCAAGGCCUACAUUGUGGCCACGUCGCUGACCGCGGCCGCCUGCUUCGCCUUGUUCGGGCCGCUGCUCAACCUGCCAAUCCACCAGACACUAUGGAUGGUCGUGGUCAGCCUCUGCCUCUACGGAAUGUCCAUCGGCGGUAUGCAGGUGGCCGGCGUGGUGGAUGCCCUCAGGGAGGCCGUCGGCGGAGGACUGCAUGACGACGCCACGACGCACGCUGUGGUGGCCGGCAUGUGGAGCUCGCUGAGCGGCGCCGGACGCUUCAUCUCCCGCUGCGGCGCCGGCAUCCUCGUGGACACCAUCGGCUUCCCUCUGGCGUCAUCGGUCAUCGUGCUGCUGCAUAUGGGCAUGGCCCUGCUGGCUUCCGUCUACAUGUGCCUGUCGGACGGCGGCGGCCGAGGGCGCGCUGACAAGCCCGUCCGCCGCCGGCUGCUGUCGGCGCCGGACUCGUCGCCGGAGCGCCACUGCUCGUGCCUGGCGCGCGCAGCCGCUACAGCAGCGAGGGUCCCCGUCAACUACCUCACCCACUCGAUGCCCGACUGCGGCGGUGCCGGCAGCUAUAACGCACUGAUGGGCGAGUGA